UGGAUUUUAUAUCAUAUAAAUACACACAUGUAAGUUAAAAAAGACCAGCGAAUGAACUCCACUAAUAAUAAUUAUACAUACACUUUCUGAUUCUAUAGGUUUUAAAAUCGGCGCCUUAUUACUUCAUUUCUGGAUCUUCAGUUUUGUUGGGCUGUGUUUUUUCAUAUGCUAUAACUGACAAGAGGUACUCUGGGAAAUGGUCAAAGUCAACAGGAUGAGUCAAGAGAUAAAUUUACAUGGAGAUAUCUAUUUUGGCGAUGUGAAGGGAAAUAUUCCUCACGGCGUGGGUAGAUACACGUGGUCAGAUGGUACAGUUUAUGAUGGUAAUUGGGAAGAUGGAAAAAUGAGUGGGAGAGGGCAGAUCUCUUGGUCAUCUGGAACAAUAUACGAGGGUGAAUUUUCUGGGGGCUAUCUCCAUGGUUUUGGCACGUUGACAAAUCCUGACGGAUCUGUAUACAAAGGCUCCUGGAGGUUGAACAUACAAAAUGGGCUUGGGAGAAAGCAGUAUAGCAACUCUGAUAUUUAUGAUGGCUGCUGGAAAGACGGAGUACAUGAAGGCAGUGGCAAGUACGCUUGGAGUAAUGGCAACAUGUAUAUAGGAAACUGGAAAGGUGGAAAAAUGUGUGGUCGAGGGGUGAUGAAAUGGCUGAAUGGUGACCUGUUUGAUGGUUCUUGGUCAAAUGGGCAUAGACAUGGGUCAGGUGUCUAUAGGUUCGUGGAUGGAAGUUAUUAUUUUGGGACUUGGACUAAGGGUCUCAAGGAUGGACAAGGUACAUUUUAUGCUGCAGGGCGGAAAUGUGCAUCUUUUAGAAAGUUCGACAGAAAGAAAGGCCUGAUAACUGAUGGUUCUACCGCUAGGUCUGAGAGGUUCAGGGAUUUGGAACGUAAUGUUGGUAGAAGUCUAUCUGAAAAAAUAUCGUUCAAUGGGUUCUUCAGAGACUCAGGUCGAAUAUCAAGCAGGAGACUACCGCCUGAAGAAGAUUAUAGCUUUGGGGAUUCUACUAGAGAGUUCUCAACUUCUGGGAAAACAGACAUGUUGUCGUAUAUUUCAGAUGAAGAGGAAAGUGAGCUAGAUGAUGAUAGCACUGUGGCUUGGGAAAGGGAGUACAUGCAAGGUGUUUUAAUGAAAGAACGUGUUAAGAGUAAAGUAGGACUAUCGUCCAAAAACAAGCAGCAGAACAAAUUUCAUGCAAAUGAAGUGAAAAAGAAAUCAUGUGUCGAUAUAUUUGAGGGCCAUAAGAGUUACUAUCUGAUGCUUAAUCUGCAACUAGGUAUCAGGUACACAGUUGGUAAGAUUACACCAGUUCCUAUGCGUGAAGUUAGAUCUUCAGAUUUUGGGGAACGAGCUAGAAUAAGGAUGUAUUUCCCUAGGAAGGGUUCACAGUUUACACCUCCACACUACUCCAUUGACUUCUCCUGGAAAGACUACUGUCCUAUGGUAUUUAGGAAUUUGAGGGAGAUGUUCAAGCUGGAUGCUGCUGAAUAUAUGAUGUCCAUAUGUGGGGAUGAUGGUUUGAGAGAGCUCUCUUCUCCAGGAAAAAGUGGGAGCAUAUUCUACCUUUCUCAUGAUGACAGCUUUGUUAUCAAGACAUUAAGAAAAUCUGAACUGAAGGUUCUACUCAAGAUGCUUCCUAGCUAUUACGAUCAUGUAAAGAAGUAUGAUAACACUUUGAUCACCAAGUUUUUUGGCCUACAUGAGAUAACAUUGAGAGGCGGCAAGAAGGUACGUUUUAUAGUCAUGGGAAACAUGUUUAAAACAGAACUUCGGAUACAUCGACGUUAUGAUUUGAAGGGUUCUUGUCAAGGAAGAAUAACAAAUAAGGAUCAUAUAGAUGAGGGCACCACAUUAAAAGACCUUGAUCUAGCAUAUGAAUUCCGUAUGGACAAGUCAUUGCGUGAGGCACUUUUUGACCAAAUCCGUCUAGACUGCAACUUUUUAGAAUCUCAGCAGGUCAUAGAUUACAGCCUCCUCCUGGGAUUGCAUUUUAGAGCUCCUGAGCAUUUAAAGGCCCUUUUGGAACCACCCGGCGCAAAGCUCGGGUGUGGUGCACCUGUUAGUGAUGGGUCAACGUCAGGGGACCUCUCAAUCCCUCCAUCAGGUCUUCUUCUAGUGACGCAUGAACCUAGUUCUGUCAACACUGCACCAGGUCCUCACAUAAGAGGAAGCACCUUGAGAGCGUUUUCUGUAGGUGACAAGGAAGUUGAUCUACUUCUUCCUGGUACUGGAAGAUUACGAGUGCAGUUAGGUGUCAAUAUGCCAGCUCAGGCAAACCGCAAAGUUUCACAGGAUACAACCAGUUCAGCAGAAGUAGAACUAUUUGAGGUAUAUGACGUUGUUCUAUAUCUUGGCAUAAUUGAUAUACUACAAGACUAUAGCGUGAGGAAGAAAAUAGAGCAUGCCUGUAAAUCGGUUCGGUACGAUCCCAUGUCAAUAUCCGUUGCGGAUCCUAAAUUCUACUCGAAACGUUUCAUCAAUUUUUUGGAGAAGGUUUUUCCUGUUGAUCUUGGAACUUCUAACAUGAUGCAAGAUUCAUUUAUAACAUAGCAAGUAUAUAGUCUUUUCAGUCCUUUGGUCAUCACUUUUGUAGAUGUAGUUGUAUCUGUACCAUAUCACAUCAUAUAUUUGCAUAUAUUUUUGUUUUUGUUGAUGUACAAACAAUUUCCACCCCAUUCCAAGCUGAAUCACUAUUGGUGAACACCUCACUAGUUGAUUCAGACAUUUGUAUGUGCCCUUUAGGUUUGUCAACAAGACAAGGCAGGAUGACUGGUCUUCAAUUUCAUAGGGGUCCAAUGGAUCAGUUGCAUGUUUUGUUUGAAUGAAGGAACAAUGUAUGCUCUCUUUUGGGGGCUUGUUCUUUUUUCUUUCUUUUUUCAAUACACAAAUUUCAUUGUGGGCC